CUCGGGUGGUAUCGCAGCCGCUGGUUUCGCUGGUAGACUCAGUCAGUUGGUUCUGAAUGCUACCGCAAGUCCGGUGUACGAAAAUGAGUUCACCACCGGCAGCAUCAAAAUCAAUAGCUUCAACGAGACCACAAUGCAGAUUCCGGAGUAUAUACGAGCGACAUCGAUGGUAUUCUGCAUUAUUAUCAUGUGCUUGGGAGUCAUCGGAAAUAUUAUGGUACCCAUCGUUAUCCUCAAGACGAAGGAUAUGCGUAACUCGACCAACAUUUUCCUAACUAACCUGAGCAUCGCGGACCUGCUGGUGCUGCUCAUCUGCACGCCGACGGUUCUGGUCGAGGUGAACUCCCCGCCCGAGGUGUGGGUGCUGGGAGAGGAAAUGUGCAAGGCGGUACCCUUUGUCGAGCUGACGGUGGCGCACGCCAGUGUCCUAACGAUCCUGGCAAUAUCCUUCGAGCGCUACUACGCCAUCUGUGAACCAUUGAAGGCCGGCUACGUUUGCACCAAGACGAGAGCACUCAUGAUUUGUCUGGCCGCGUGGACCGUGGCUGCCAUUCUUACAAGUCCAAUCCUUCUGUUCGCCGAGUACAGCGUCGAGGAAUAUCCGGAUGGGCGCCGUGCUGCCGUGUGUCUCACGAAAGCCUCCACCAUGGGGGCGGUAACCUUCUUCCUGAUGACCAUAUCCCUCUUCUUUCUGCUCCCACUAAUCAUCCUCGUAGUGCUGUAUGCAAUCAUCGCGAAGAAUCUGAUCGCCAGCAACAACUCGCGAAUGAAGAUACGACUCAGCAAACCGGAGCUCAGCUACAAGGCUCGCAAACAGGUGGUGCUCAUGUUGGGGGCGGUUGUGCUCGCGUUCUUCGCCUGCCUGCUCCCAUUCCGCAUGCUGACACUCUGGAUCAUUAUGGUAUCGGAGGAAACCUUCCAAAAGCUAGCCGUGGAGAAGUACUACAAUCUGCUCUACUUUAGCCGCAUAAUGAUCUACCUCAAUUCGGCCGUCAAUCCGAUACUCUACAACCUGAUGUCAUCCAAAUUCCGCAAAGGUUUUCUGCGGUUGUGCAAAUGCAGCCGUCUUUGCUCACAGUCUGGGCGGCGUGGAGGAAAAGUGCGUGGCAGAUCAGCUACAUUCACGACCACAACCACCUCGUCCUACCUCACAAGCUCAUCGAUUCGGAACAACAGUGAAAAAUACACAUUAUCGUUGGACGAUUUACGCUUCCAUACACUCCGAAAGGACCAAUCAAAUGGGAUUCUGGCGACAAGCAAAACGCCAAAGCCCUCCACCGAUAAAUCCGAAGAAGCCGGCAGCACCAGUGACGAAGACGAACCCUUCCAGUUAAGUAGAUUCUAUCGGAUGAAUCUGCUCCGACUUUAUUCGACCCCGCUGCUGGUUUAUGACGAGGAUAGACAGUCGGCCGUCCCAUUCCCAGCAGAGAUCGAUAAUAACCAGUCCCUCGAGGGUGGAGCAUUCAAGCGUCAAAUCGGUGUGACCUUCAAGGAAGCCAACUUUGACGACAGCGGAUCAAUCGAACGUAGUCCCGAAGGACGAGCGGUCCGAAGCGAUUUGCCUAAUCCGUGCAAAUUGAAAUCCAGCCAGAAGCAGCAGCAGCAGCAGUGGCAUGGCGGGGGCAAAAUUUCACUUUCGCCGAGGCAAACCAAGCAAAUGUCGUUAGAUGAAAGUUUGCUAACACGGAGCCACCACUGUCCAACGAAAGCUGGUAUCACGCCGAACAAUGUUUGAAAAGUUUGAGUAUUAUCAUUCAAUCCGGAUCAAUUAACGUAACCCGAGACACCCGAGACACAGCGGGAUAUUCUGUAUUUUUUUCCGAUAGAUAUAUUUUUAUCGUUCGAAUGAGCACCUCGUAGGGAUCGUGUUCUUCGUGACGUUGUAUAUAAAUUUUGUACCAAUGAUUCUUAGAACGCCGACUUAUGUAUCGUGAUGCCUAUUUUGUUUCGUAUUGUUGUGUAUAAUUUCUCAAGAUUUGCGUAUCAGGGGUGGGAUGCAUUCUGGUCGGACAAAUAUUACGGAACCAAUGUUCACAAUCAAGCGCUUUGCGCAAAAAAAAGCAUUCCAGAACACAGUACUGAGACUAAAAUAUGGGUUCUGAAAAAAGAAUGUAGAACAAUUACGAGGCAUGUUCUCAAAACAAAUAGUGAAGUACUGAUAAUUAUUCUUACUUCAAUUUAGAUGUAUCUUGAUGAGGUAAAAACAUUUUGUUAAACAAAAGCAAUACCUUGAUACGUAGCUUCAUCUCAAUAUAUUUAAUAGUAUUAGCAUCGCAGCGGAGAAUGGGACAUACAAAAUAUGAAUACAGUGGGAUUACCGAAUAAAAUGAUUAUCAAACUCACCUAUCGUCAAUAUUAUGGUUCAGUGUAAGGUGCACAAUAAAGUGCAUAAAAAGUCUGGGUAAGUGCACAAUAAAAAUGAGCCAUGCAGAAUAUUUCACCAAAAGCAAAAAAUUUUUUUUUGCAUUUUCUAGCAAAUAAAAUGAAAAUUGUUACUGAGGUGUAUAGUUAGUAAUUCUAUCUUACUAUCGAUAUUGUAUAUAUUAGGUUCUAAGUGUUUUAUUACAUCCACAUCAACAACAGUCUACAAAAACUUCCAUAAUACCUACCCAAUUCAAUUAAACUAAGUGUUAUUCGACUGUACCUAGCAAUAGAAGAAGAGUAAUUUGUAUUUUAAUUUACUCCAAAGAUUUUUUUUUAAUAUUCUCUCUGCCCAUCCUUUUGCACCCAUACAAACCACUCGUCACAGUAGUUCCUUCCUUUUCGCUUGAAACACCUCUGGUUUGAUCUGGAACACGAACGAACAGUCAGAAGUGCAACGAAUUACUUCAGAAUAAUUCACUGCGGUUUUUGCAUUGAGAACAAUGUGAUAAUUGGGUAAUUUGGUAUCAAUUCAUAAAAUCCGGAAGGUCAUGGCAUGGUUUAAUGAAUAGGAGUUUCAGAUUCUGGACUGGUCAGCACGUUUACCAAUUCAAAACCCUGUAAGUAACUGAUGAGGAGUGAUCAGAUGAAUAGUAGAUGCAGAUUACAAGCACUAUGAGUGAUUUGAAGAGCUUAAACGAGCAGUAUCCUCUGCGUAGAACGAGAUACACACUACAACAUGGCGCAGUUUGGUCAAAACCAGCCCGAAUGGGUUAUUUGAACUGAUUGAGAACUAAAGAUGGCCUACAAAUUAGAAACUUAUUGUAAUUCAUGUUAAAUUGACGUUAAUUAUGUAAAGGAAUUAGAGUUUUUCCAUCUGGCUCUAUAGUUAUGAAACACUGGAAUUUUAGUUUUUUGAAUAUUCCGCACCUGAACACAACAAUAAAGUUGGAAUGGCCAGUCUUUUAAAUGAAGAUAGUUAUUGUAUUCUACACUAUAUACUCCAAUUCAACCGACUUCUUACAUAUCUCUGGAAACUCAGAAAAAAUGAGUGGUUCUAUAGUUGUGAAACGUAGUGUACCAUCAACCAGUUUGAGAAUGCGAGCCCACCAACGAAAAUGGACUAAAACUUAUCGAGUUCAUUGCCUCCAAGCACGAGGCCGUUCGUAGCUCCUUCUUCCAAAACAACUUCCAUUAUCGUUAAACCUGGAGAUCACCACAGUAAUCGGAAACACAAAUCGAUCGAUGAUCGGCACUUCUGACAUCCUCGACGUCAGAACCUAUCGUUGCGCUACCGUUGACUCAAACCUCUACCUGGUGAUGGUUUGGACCGUCAGUCGUCAAUUGCAUAAAACAUCAAUGCUCUUUACGGUACCACCUACGACGACAGCAGAAACCGAUCGUUGCUGAGCAAUCCCGAAUGAAAUCGACAAACGACAGAACAUGAGUAUUUUUGAUUCGAAUGAAAGUUUGUAUUCCGUUAGGGUUGGAGGAAAUAUGAGUUUUCCACAGCAAUUGGGAAUUUUUUGACUAACUGUUGAAAAGGGCGUAUCGAUUUUAGAAAGAGAA